GCCGCUGAGAAGUAACGUCUAACAGCCGUGUUUUUUCUCAUUAUUAGUGCUUGAGUAUAUCAUAUAAGUACAAUUGUUCAUUAUACGAACCAUAUUGGAUAAGAUAUGCCGCUUUUGAUUACUUUUACACUCAAAUUUAACCCGUGAGCCGUGUUUUUCGGUUGUUUACUCGCUGCUCGAAAGUGCUCUGCUGUUUUUGGGAUCAUGCUGUUCGUGUAAACAACUCACGAAUCUUAUUAUUAUUAUUAUUUUUUAAAUUCUCCUGCGGAUUCGUAAAGGAGUACUGUUUUAUUUAGACCAAUAAUGAAUCCAUCGAACCCGUUUGGAAGUGCCCAAAGCGGUGCGUUUCAAGCCCCAAGUAACGCCGUCAAACCGGGGCCGUUCCAGCCAGUUUUUGGGCAACAGAGCUCGAGCCAGCCGCAGCAGCAAAACAUGGGCUUCUUCGGGUCUGGAUUCGGACAAACUUCGUCUUCCGGCGUCUUUGGACAUGCCCCUGCGUUCGGUCAACCCGCCGCCACCUCCCAGCCGGUGCUAACGUUCGGGCAAACGUCUUCCGCCCCGCAGCAAGCCCCCGUGUUCGGACAAGGCUCCACCGCCGCCCAGCCACCUCCGGCGUUCGGACAAGCAACUACAACCCCGCUACCAGCUCCGAUGUUCGGGCAAUCCUCCAGCACGACCCCGCAGCAAGCUCCUCCAGCGUUCGGCCCGCAGACUGGUUCUGUUUUCGGAGGCGGCAGUGGACAAAACGCCGCGCAGGGUUCGGUUUUUGGACAGGCGCCGUCUUUUGGAGCCACUUUUGGACAGUCUGGCGGGUUUGGACAGGGGUUUGGUGGACACGCGAGCGCUUUCGGGGCGCAGCAAACCCUGCAAUUUGGGCAAAGUUCCACGUCAAGUUCAGCGCUCAGUUUUGGGCAGCCUGUUUUCGGGCAACCGACCACUACUGCGCCAACUACGAGCAUCUUUGGGGCGUCUUCAUCCAAUGCCAGUCAAAGCACGUCCGAGUUUAGCUUUAAACCAGCAAACGAGGCUGUAUUUAAACCGAUUUUUAGCGCAAGCACCGAAUCCACGACUACAACCACGUCCAAUUCAGCCUUCGGAGGAGGAGCGCAGCCAGCUUUGACAGCAUCCUCGUCCUCAGGUCUUUUUUCAAGCGUCAAACCUGGAACUGGUGGCUUUACUUUUUCCCAGCCCGCCGUCUUACCCGUGGCCCAACAACCCACAGCGUCCACUUCGAGCACUGCGCCCACAACCGCUUUGCAAUUCACAUUUUCGCAGCCUGCAACUCCCAACAAGGCCACUUCAAAUGUCACCCAGCCCACAACCCCGUCGUCCUUCACGUUUACCUCCAAAACUGUCCAGACGCAGUCAAAACCACCGUUUGGACCGAGCAAAUUCGGGCAAACUUUUGGAGAGGCGAAAGACAAAGCAGCGGGCGACAAGGAGAGCAGCGUGGAGCCGACGACGGAGACAAACGUGUUCGCCAGACUCGGCAAAGCGACGAAGCGCAAAGAUGACGCGCCCGGAUCGAGCGUCGGGAAGGAGGUGACCGAGGAGGAGACCGCGGGGGAGACGGACGCACCGAGACAGCCUCCCAAGCGGCCUCUGGUGCGCAGCCGCGGCCCUCCUCCCGGGCUGUUCGGCCGGGCUCUGAGCGGACUGCGCAGGGAGACGUCAGGAGCGCCCAAAAGAGAAGCGAAGGAGCAGGUUUGGGACGGGGCCGAGGGAGGGGAGACGGAGCGGCAGAGGGCAGCCACCCCCCCGACAACCUCAGCACCGCGAGUGGCCAGGGAGACUGCAGAGAGGCCGGAGGGGACAGAGCCGUCCUCCUCCUCUUCCUCCUCCUCCGCGGCGUCGCUCUUCUCCUCUCCGUCCUCUUCCUCCUCGCGUCUCGGAUCUCGCCGGGAAAGCACGGACUCGCUCGGUGGCCUGUCCCCGAACGACUGCACCGCGCUCCACAUCAAACACGUACCCCCCGACCUCAAUGUUAAAAAGGUCCUGGAGAAACACUUCGGCGGCUUCGGCAAAGUGCGGCGCGUCUACUGCAAACCGCAGCAGAACUCCGCCGUUGUGCACUUCGACGACCAUGCGUCAGCCGCGAGAGCGAAGAAGAAGGGACAGUUUCUCCACCAACAUAAACUCAUCCUCCUGUGGCAGAAGAAGAAACAGAGUCCCGGGGACCUGAGGGCCAGAGGACAGACAGGACAGACAGGACAGCAGCAGCAGGACGCAGGGGGGAAGAGGGACGAGGAGCAGAUCCAAUCCAAAGUGUCGUCUCCUCUGAAGAGACCCGCCCUCAGACCGCCCACCUUCAGCAGCAGCUCUGGGACCUUCAGCUCUCCGGUGAAGAAGUCCCCGAUGGCUCGCUCUCUCCAGUUUGAAGACCCCUCGAGAGAGUCCGGCGCAGAUUCAGAAGUCUCAGACCUGUAUGUGUUUCGCACCGUAGACCGCCUAGAACGCACUGCGGACCGCCUAGAAAGCACCGGAGAGCGCGGUAUAGAACGCACUACAGACCACAUAGAACGCACUGUGGACCGCCCGACGGACCGCCCAGUCCCCUCGUCCCUGCUCCACCUGAUCGGACAGACGGCUGAGACCGCAGAGGAGAAAUACAGACUGCUGGAGCAACGGGACAAGAUACUACGGCAAGGGCGACCGAAGAGGGCGGAUCUGAACCUGUCCAAAGCUUUCGUUGGGACCUGUCCUGACAUGUGUCCAGAGAAGGAGAGAUACAUGAGAGAAACCAGGAACCAGCUGAGCGUCUACGAAGUCCUCCCAAACACGGAGAUGGUGGACCACGGCGCCGCCAUAAAAGAGUACAGCCGCUCCUCCGCAGACCAGGAAGAGCCUCUGCCACACGAGCUCAGGCCGCUCCCGGUCCUGACCCGGACCAUGGACUACAUCGUGACCCAGGUCCUGGACCAGGGCCAACUGCAGGACAACUACAGGGACUGGUACGACUUUGUGUGGAACCGCACCAGAGGCAUACGCAAGGACAUCAUCCAGCAGGACUUGAGUUGCCCCGAUACCGUCGCUCUGAUCGAGAAGUGCACCCGGUUUCACAUUCACUGCGCUCACCAGCUCUGCGAGGAACACCUGUCCGCCUUCGACCCAAAGAUCAACAACGAGAACAUGACCAAGUGCCUCCAGAGCCUCAAGGAAAUGUACCAGGACCUGUCCACCAGAGGAGUCUACUGCCCCCGAGAGGCCGAGUUCAGGCAGUACAAGAUCCUGCUCAAUCUCAACGAGGGCGACAUACUACGGGAGGCGCAGCAGUUACGCCCUGAGGUCCGUAACUCCGUGGAGGUGAAGUUUGCCGUCCAGGCGUUCAGCGCGGUCAGCAACAACAACUUUGUCCGAUUCUUCAAACUGGUCCAGUCCGCGUCCUACCUGUCCAGCUGCCUGCUCCACGGAUACUUCAACCAGGUGCGCUCUCGGGCUCUGAAGACGCUGAACAUGGCGCACACGGUCGGGCCGCGCUCCACCACGUUUCCUCUCGACGACAUCGUCCGGAUGUUGAUGUUUCGAGACGGAGACGAAGCUUCGGCUUUUAUUCAGCAAUACGGACUGAACGUCAGCGAUGGCGUGGUGGAGCUGAGCCGGACCAGUUUCCAGGACCCGGAGCUUCCCAUUUCGUCUCACAGGUCACAGGUCGUCAUGUCCAAACGCAGCGUCCUGAUCGGUGAAGUGGUGAACGGGGGGCCGCUCCCAAAUCCUCCCCAGCACACCCCAGUCUGCAGCUUCGACGCGCAGAACAAGUACAGAGACGUCGCCGAGGCAACGCUGUUUAAAGUCGCCACCUCCAGACCUCCAGCUCCAGAGGCCGAGGCGUCGCCGGAGCGCACCCCGGACAGGCGCUCCGUGUUCGGGGCAGUGCUGGUGCAGUCGGCCCCUCCUCCGUCUUUAGCAGAGGAGACCGGGGAGUCCGCUCGUUUUGUCCCGGCACCAGAGAGGCAGUUCCAGCCGAUCUCACAGCCCUCUCCCCCUCCCCCUGCUCCAGCUCCAGUCAAAGCCCCCACUCCUCCACCUCCCAAACCCGUCUACAGCGAAGAGGAGAUCGAAGCAGAGUUGAAUCGUGUAGUCGAGGAGGUCGUCGACGCUGCAGUGAAGGAAACGGCUGAAGCUGCUGCUCGCUACGCCGCCGCUGCUCUGGAGGUGAGCUCUGAGCAGGUGGAGUCUCUCGUCGCUGAAGUGACCGUGAAUCUUCUGAAGGAGAUUUCUGUGACUGAAAUCAAACUGGAACAAGAUCGAAUCGCAGACGAGAAACGGCGCAUGGAGGAAGCCAGGAGGAAGCAGGAACACGAGGCCUUCCUGGUCGAGUACAGUUUCUCUCUCUGCUCCGAGCUCAUGCGUGAAGUUUUGGACGAGACUAUCAAGAAAACUGCCGCGUCUGAAAUACAGGAGGCGUUGGAUGAGAAAGCCGCCCUAGUGUCUCGCUGCACUGAGGAGGUCUGCUCUGUUUUACUGGAGGAGACGCUGGACUCGGACAUCGCUCUUUUGGUCCAACAAAUCCUGGAUGUGGAGCUGCAGCAAAUACAGAAGUACAUCAAGAGGUGGCGUGACGUGGUGUUCCUGCGGCGUCAGUUGAAGAGGCAGAUGAGGGCGUUCCCGGCCGCUCCGUGUUUCGUGGACCCUCGGUUCAGGGUGCGAGCGUUGGCUCCCAGCACGCCGGGCCACGCCUCCAUCGAGCUGCUGUCCAAAGGCCUGGUGAACCUGGGCCACUCCGGGAACCUGACCGUGUCCUCCAGCAGGUUGUUGAGAAUCAGAGACGAGGUGAUUCACCAGAUGAGAGUCCAGUACUUCUACCAACUCCUGCUUGACGAGGCGUCCUGGGCUCCGUUGGAUCUUCCCGCUUUAGUGAUGCAACAUCUCCAGAACCCGCCUCCAAAAGUCUUCUGGAAAACUCUGCUCCUGCUACCGAGCGAACACGAGACCGGAGCCAGCGUGGCCGACAGGAUCCUUUGUGAUUGGCUGGAGGUGAAGUUGGGGGCGGAGUCAGAGGACUGUUGUCGUGACGGGACCCUUCACAGCCUCAGUGUCUCCAGCUCGGUUCGGGAGAAGGGAGCGAACACUCAAACUCUGCACAUCGGGGUCAAGGUUUCCCACGGGCCUUUAUCUGAGGACAGUCUGUGUAAAGCGGAGGAGUGCUCUGAGCUCCAGGGCACCGGGGCGCUCCUGAUGCUGCUCCCGGCCUCGGCCCUCCUCGACCCCCGUCAGAGCGACCCGGACGUGCCCCUCCUGUCCGACCCCCGUCAGAGCGACCCGGACGCGCCCCUCGUGUCCGACCCCCGUCAGAGCGACCCGGACGUGCCCCUCCUCUCCAACCCCCGUCAGAGCGACCCGGACGUGCCCCUCCUGUCCGCCCUGCUCCAGCUCAAACAGCUCCAGCAGGUCUGCACGUGGCACUGCCCUCUGCCCCUCGGGAUCCUGGUGCCCGGGCAGGAGAGGGACGAAGGGCACACGGCGAGACUGGACGAAGCGCUGAUGUUGUCCAAACUGGUUGAAGACGGACUCAUCUCAGAGUACAGCUUUUUCUUCCUCCCAGAAACCACCAGUGACCUACAGGCGACCAAAAAGUUGACCGAUUCCUUGCGUUGGCUUCUUUCCCGCGCUCCUCCCGAGUUCCCGCUCUCCUGCCAAACUCUGGUCGGACUCGUGGAAACCGGAUUGAGUCGGGAUUUCAGCUCCAGGGUCUAUUCCCACAGACGGGAGCGCGCCUCGGCCGGCCUGCCCCCGCCGCGCCCCCUGCCCGUGAUCCGCCUGUACAACGCCGUCCUGGAGCACAUCGCUCAGGGGGUGUCCUCUCCAGAGCUGUGCGGACUGUCGUGGCCGCCGGUGGAGUUUUCCGCGCCGGGGACGAGGGAGUUUGUGCCUCACGUCGGGUGGAACGGCUCCGAGCACCUGAAGUGGAUCAGAGACGCCAUCUUGAGUCUGCAGCUGCCAGAGUGGGACAGUGAGUCUCCUACAGACUCUUGGUCCGAAUUGUGCUCCUCCAUCUUCUCCUACGCGGCGCAGAUCCCGGUGUCGCGUCGCUCUCGGCCUCUCCUCACGUCACGCCUCGAUAACCUGCUGCAGCGAGUCCGGACCAGAGCCCGGACCAGGAGGACCCCCGGAGCCAAGGUCUCGUGGAGCUCGUGGGCCCACACAGAGGAGGAAGAGGAGGAGCAGCAGGAGGACUGUCCAGAGUGGGUCCCCUGGGACGAUGUUCUAGUCGUCUGCAUUGACCACAAACUCAAGGACUGGACACUGCCCGGACCCCCAGUCUGUGAAGACGCUGUGACAGAAGAUGGAGAGAUCCUGGUGUAUUUUCCCUCUGAGGCUCUGAGCUGCUUCACUCCUCCAGACGAGUGGAACGAGGCCGUGAAAGAAACACACAGAGAAAAGCAACAACAACGACAACAACAACGGACGAGCGCGGCUGCCAGGGUCCCUCCUCUCUCUCUUUCCCUGCAGAAGAGACUGUUUUUCAGCCCGAAGGAGCCGGAGCAGCUCCCCGAGUCCGGCCUGGACUUCAGUUACACCCCCACACCAGAGGAGGCGCUGGCACACAGAGUCCUGCAGCAGCUCGAGGAGGAGAAGCAGGAGAGCAAGAGGAUGAUGGAGCAGUUCCAGCGCUGGUCUGAAGGGGGUGCUCUGGAGCAGCUGUGCACGCCUCUGUUUAUGCCCUCGUCCACUCUGCUGACCCUGCCCACGCUGGUGCCGCCCCCUACAGGCAGGACCAGGGAGGCCACGGCAAACGCUCAGGUUCUGGAGCCGGAGGCGGGGUCAGAUUUCCCUAAAACUCCUCGUCCGCCUCUGUCCUGGAGGGUGGAGGAGCUGGAGCGUCGGAUCACGGCGAGUCGAGAGGAGGAGCGAGCGACAAAACUGCAGCUGAGUGAACUGUUAAACAUCGUACAAGACUGACUUUAAACGCUCGAGGACAGAAAGAACUGAUAUUUUUAUUACUGAAGUGGACUAUUUUAAACUUUUUUUCAUAAUGUGACUGUUUAAAGUCUUUUUUUAUUGAAUAACUGUAUUUGAAGUGCAGAGAAAUGUUUGAGACUGUUGAG